AUGAAGCUCAUUGAUUCGGCUGUUUUAGCAUUGCUGUGGCUGAUGCCAUGGCAGGCUACCAGUGACGGCAUGGUCUUUAACCGUAUCUCCUUUUUCCCUGUGUGCCUUCAAUUGGACCCCUCAUGUCGCGUCGACAAUGAGACUUCGGCAGAGAUUGUCGCUGCCUCCAAGGAUGGAAUGACAUUGAUAUAUAGUGAUUCGCCUCUGGGCGUUGUGGGAACCAUUGAUAUCACCGAUCCCUACCACCCAACCCCUCUUGGCAUCAUUGAUGUCGGGGGAGAGCCUACUUCUGUCACUGUUGUCAAGGGUUAUGCUGUUGUUGGCGUCAACACAUCCCCUGAUUUUGAAAACCCAUCUGGUAUCCUUCAUGUCCUUGAUUAUGUGACUGGAGAAGUCUUGAGGACUAUGGAUCUUGGGGGGCAGCCUGACAGUUUAAACACUUCCCCUGAUGACAGAUUUGUUGCCAUUGCCAUUGAGAACGAACGCGAUGAAGAUCUGGGAGAAGGCGGCCUUCCCCAGUUGCCUGCUGGGUUUCUUCAGGUUCUGUCAACUGAAAGUGAUGAUGUAGAGGAAUGGGAACUCACCAGGAUUGACUUGGAAGGCCUUGAGGGACUGGUUGAACCAUCUGAUCCAGAGCCUGAGUUUGUGUCCAUCAAUGAGGAUAACAUCUGUGUUGUCACCCUUCAGGAAAACAACGCCAUUGUUCUGGUUGAUCUUGAAAGUUCUGAGGUCAUCGCCAGUUUCUCUGCGGGAACUGUCGACCUGUACAACAUUGACCUGAUCGAGGAUGAAGUCAUCAACCAGGAUCCCAGCGCCAACCUUACCAACCGACCCCGAGAGCCUGACGGUGUCGUAUGGAUUGACAAUGACUACUUUGUCACCGCUGACGAGGGGGACUGGAAUGGUGGUACACGAGGCUUCACUGUCUAUGACAAGGAAGGGUCCAUUGUGUACACAAGUGCUGAGGAGAUGGAGACGGUGGUAACCAUGCUCGGUCACUAUCCUGAAUCGCGUUCGGAAAACAAGGGAAACGAGCCUGAGAAUGUCGAGUUUGGUAUCUUUGGAGAUACAAGCUAUCUUUUUGUGAACUCGGAACGCUCCAGUUUGACCUUUGUAUACGACGUAAAUGUCCCUGCUGAUCCUGUCUUUUUGCAGGCACUCCCAGCUAGUGUCUCGCCAGAGGGUAGCAAGGCCAUCCCCGACCGUAACUUGCUAGUGGUAGCGACCGAAACUGACGAUCGUGGUGGCAAGGUCCGCGGAGGAGUUUCCAUUUACAUGUAUAUGAGAAGCGAAGCUUUGUAUCCCACUAUCGUGUCUGACAUUGAUGACAGCACUGGCAACCCUAUUCCCUUCGGUGCAUUGAGUGGCUUGGCUGCAGCUGAACCAUAUGAUGGUGGAGCUGGAGACUGGGGACGUAGGUUGGCCAGACGAAAAGGAAAACAGGGCCCACAAAACCGACGGCUUGCUGGGGAGAUUCCUGUUCCUCCUCCUUUGGCACAAGAUGAGCUGGGAGAGGAAUCCCUUGAUGAGCACAUUUUGUACUCGAUUGAAGAUAGCUACUACAAGAAGAACCGCAUCUUUGUCAUCAACGCAACUGGACACCCAGCAGUCAUUACGGCAGCCAUGCGCAUUAUGGAUUCCGACGGGGUUUUUGCUGAUGCAUUGGGUGAAGGUGACAUGAAGGACGCCUUGAUCAAUGAUGACAACACAGUCAACAUUGACCCCGAAGGCAUUGCUGUAAGUCACAAGGGAGGAUUCUGGUUGGCUCACGAAGGUCGAGGUACCGUUGGAGAUGGAGCGCGACCUGUGGAGAGUCCCAACGUGCUGUUCAAGUUGAGCGAGGAGGCAGUCAUAGAGAAGGUUGUCCUGCUACCUGAUGAACUGAAUGAAAUUCAGCUUCGCUUUGGGUUCGAAGGUGUUGCAGAAGAUGGUGACUACGUGGUUGUAGCUUUCCAACGAGCUUGGGGGGACGAAAAGUACCCUCGAAUUGGUGUUUACAACUCGGUGUCGGAAGAAUGGAAAUUUGCCUUUUACCCGUUGGGUCAACCUGAGUCCCAAAAUGGUGGCUGGGUUGGAUUGUCAGACAUUGCUCCUCUUGGAGAUGGACACUUUAUGGUCCUUGAACGCGACAACCAAGCAGGUUUGGAUGCUGCCAUCAAGCGAAUUUUUGUGAUUUCUCUGGGAGACUACGAAUCCUGGGAUGACGGAACCACCAUCGAAAAGCACUUCUACAUGGAUUUGAUCCCUGAAAUGGCUUAUUUCGGAGGAGCCACUUUGGAAAAGGUCGAAGGUCUUGCCGUUACCAAGGACGGCUUUGUUUAUGUCAACACUGACAAUGAUGGCGUAGAAGACAGCGGAGAGCAGUUGUUUGGAAAUGUGGGCUGGUGGUACCCUUACUAUUGA